AUGUUUGCUAUUGUUUCUCCUUCGAUUAAUAAAGAAACAAAAACAAAUGAUGCAUUUGAUGGCGAAAUAAAUCGCGUAGCUGUCGAUAAUUCUGGACGUAUCGGUUUGUUAUAUGAUGGACAUCGAGAUCGUAUUUUGGAACAACAAAAUAUAUUCAAUCUAGAAACGAGCACGCAAAUUAUUAGAUCAAUCCGAUGUACUCUCACAAAAACCAAAAGUGAGAGUAGUCAAAAUAUUCUUAAAAUAAUCGGUGUGGAACCGGAAUUAAGGUUAAGCAUAUUAUUGAAUCUGACAAAGAAAAUUGAAUCAUUCGUAAACAUCGAUCAUUCUCAUCCGAUAAACGAAUAUACUCGUUCCAUCGUUUAUUCUUAUUUAGAUCGAGAAGAAAAAAUCGCUGAUAGUCCUGAAGUAGAAAAACUUUUAAAUAAACCACUAAUAUUAGACUCUACUGCAACCCAUGUGAUCACUCAAGUCGUAUAUGGAACAGAUUUUUCUGUCAUUUUACAAUUGCCAAAUGUUUGGAAUUUUGUUGAAGAUAUCGAUCGUGUACUUAACAAACUUCUUAUUCUUUUUAAAGAUCAACAGAAGACAUGUACAUUGACUGAGGAUGAUAAAAAUAUAUUAGACAAAAUCGUUCAAACGAAAGUCUAUUCAAAUAUACCACAGAUGAGAAAUAUCACUACGAUCUAUGAUAUUUAUCGUUACAUACAACAAAAUAAAAAUACUAGUAGCAAUUACCCAAUUUCGUACUCCAUUCGACCCAUUAAAAUUGUCAAUCCGCAAUAUGAUCGAGAAAAUGAGAAAUUCAUUCGUAUACCCAGAGAGAUUCAUGCAAUUAUUGAAGAUUAUGUGGUUCAAAUCAGAGUUGAUAUGGAACAAAUAGAAAAAUUAAUCGCACGAGACAUAACGGAUUUGUCACGUAAGCAUUUGAAAAAGCAAUUUGGUGCCAUAGAGAAUCGAUGGCUAGAUGUGAAAAACAAAUUUGAUAAUGAAAUUCAGCAAAUUUCGAAACUUGUUUUAAACAUUCGUAGUGGAAAAAUUGAAAAUAUAAUGUCACAUCAAAUAUUGAAUCAUAGCGACCAAAUCAUGAUGAUAACCAAUUUGAAUGGUUUAAAGCAAAAUAUUGAACAAAUCAAGGCAAAGGAAACAUUUAUCCGAUAUAUGAAUCAACGAGAGUUUCAAUAUUUAAAUGCUGCUGAGUAUAAAAUCGGUGAAACAGAUGAUGGAAAACUUAUAAAAUAUAAGCUUGUUGAAAACGAUGAAAAUACUUACAUUCUUUGCUCGAGUGAUCGUUUAAACAAAAAUAAUUCAGAAAAGCUACAAAACGUUAUCUCCGAUUUAAUGGAACGAGCCGAAAAAAAUUCGAAUUCUCGUCUAAUCUAUGCUGAUUUUUCUGAUUGUACUUUUCAAUUAUCUUCAAUUACUAUUUUGUUACCACCAAAAGACACACAAGAGAAAACAAUCGAACCGGCUCCGUCUUCAUCUCCCCAAUCAGCUGUAGAACCAGAUAAUCCGAUUUCAAACUCUAUGAAUGCUGAUAGAUUGAAUGCGCCGGAAACAUUAAAGGCAACAACAAUCGAUGAAACUAUCAACAUUCUUCUUUUAGGGGAAACAGGUGUUGGAAAAUCAACAUUCAUCAAUGCUUUUGCCAAUUAUCUCACAUUUGAGACACUCGACGAAGCUGAAACAGAUAAACCAUUCGUACUGAUGCCUGUUUCAUUUUUAAUAACAACAGGUGAUAACUUCGAAGAGCAUACUGUCGAAUUCGGUGGAUUAACUGAUUCAAGUAAUGAAGAUUUUUCUCAUGCUGGACAAUCAGUAACCCAACGUUGUAAAUCCUAUACGUUUCAAAUGGGUGAUACAUAUCAGACAGAGUUACGCAUUAUCGAUACGCCUGGCUUUGGUGAUACGCGCGGUAGCGAACAAGACGAUAUGAAUAUGCAACAUAUUUUAGAAUAUAUUAAUAAUCUUACUCAUAUAAAUGCUAUAUGUUUUCUUCUGAAACCAAAUUCAACAAAAUUAAAUAUCUUCUUUCUAUCAUGUCUUACUCAAUUAUUCUCUCUAUUAGAUUCGAAUGCUCUCAAUAAUAUUAUCUUCUGUUUCACCAGUGCUCGGUCGACAUUUUACACUCCUGGCGAUACAGCACCGUUACUGAAAAAAAUGCUUACCUCUCUAUCGAUCGGCAGCGUUCCAUUCAGAAAAGAGAAUACGUUUUGUUUCGAUAGUGAAGCAUUUCGUUAUUUGGUUGCUCGACAAAACAAGAUUCAAUUCGAUAAUAAUGAAAAGCAAGAAUAUGAAAUGAGUUGGAAAACGUCAGUAUCGGAAUCGAAACGUCUUGUUGACUACAUUCGUAAAGACGUCCCUGUUUAUCGUAUUGAUAAUAGCCUACAAUCGAUGAAGCACGCUCAAUUUGAAAUUCUCGAUAUGGCGCGUCCAAUUUUAGAAACAAUUCGAAAUAUUCUUCGGAAUCUUAUUUUACAAAAGAUGACUUCAUUCAAGGUAUCAAUUAUACUACGUCCGAAAGUUAAUCUGUGCUCUGGCGUGCAUUGUCUCGUCUGUAAACCGGAUCUCUAUUUCGUAGGAACUUUUCCCGUCGCAUAUCAUCCUCCGCAUAUAGUUCAACAAGAUCGCUGCGGUUGUGGUUGCCCUCUCGAUCAACAUACUCCUAUGGAUUAUGUACUUCAAUAUGAAGUUUCAAAUGAUGGUUCUAUUGAGAGCGAAAAGCAGAUGAGUGAUAUGUUAUAUGAAUUGUGCUAUUCAAGUGCUGAAUUUGCUUAUUUUCUCUUGCACGUUGUUUGUUGUACAAACGAUGAUCCAUUUUUUAUUGGUUUUGCACAAAUGAUAGCCGAAGAAUGUCAUAUUACUAAUAGACAAAUGUCAAGUCAACUUAAUACACAGUUAGCAGACGACCUGCGGCAACUAGGAAAGCGGUAUGAGGAACGACUUAAUGAAAUUGUUCAGCAGCGAAAUCCAACUAACUUAUCAGAUCUCUAUAAUUUAAUGAAUAAUGUUGCCAGAUUUCCUAUGGUACGUGAACAAAUAGCUGUUGUGAAAGUAGGACGAAAAAUAAUGAUGAAACAACAUGAAUAUGAAAUACCAAUAGAAUAA